AUGCGCGAAUCAGUACAGAAGCACGUCCUCGAUUAUUUUGAGCCGUUUGAGCACGGUGAUUCUAUGUACUUGGGUGUCGCUUCAUCCAAACGGUCCCCAACCAUUCGAGGAAAGAGGGUUGGGCAAAUGGGACAAGUUGCAGAUGAGGCUGCGACAACUCACAAAGAACAGAUUGGUUCCGUUCCUCGUCGCUUUGGUGGCUCCAGAGUGGAUUAUAUUUUUGGUUGGGCUGUCCGACAAAGUCUGAGCGCUCGCACUCUGGCAAGGGAGCUGGGGAAAGGGGCCACGUACCAACAGACUUUCUUUGUCGUCAUGGGAGGCUUUCACCGGUUUCGUCGAAGCAGCGAUGAAGCCCAGGGUGCUCAACGAGAACACAUGAACGAGGAGGCUAUCGAAAAACCCCUUCCCGAGGGUGGUAAGCAGCCUCAGUCACUGACAGAGGACUAUGGCAUACCCCUUCACCCACUGGAUCGAUGGGAUAUCUGCCAUCUACUACAGACUGGGAGGAUAACGCUCCUUCCUUCCACAGAGUUAGAAGACAAGCGCAAGAGUGACGGAUUGGCAAAGGUCUUCGUACUCUUACAGACUGUGUGGUCCAUUAUCCAGUUUAUUGCGCGAAGAGAGCCUGCCCCGAGUGGAUCCGAGAUUAAGCGAUCCAUCUUUAAAGGAUUCCUACAAUAG